CACCCCCCCCCCCACCACCCCCACCAGCGGAUACCGGGCAACGUGAGCGGCAGCUUCACCCUCAUGAGGGACGAGCGGGGGCUGGCGUCCAUGAACAACCUCUACACCCCCUACCAUAAGGAUGUUACCGGCAUGGGGCAAAGCCUCUCGCCUUUGUCUGGAUCGGGCCUGGGGGGCAUCCCUUUUUCCACCGCCUUCAAACCCCCCCCCCCCGCCAUGCUAGCCCGGCACGGCGAGCAGCACCUCACCCCCACGUCGGCGGGCAUGGUGCCCCUCAACGGCAUCCCACACCACCCCCAUGCCCACCUCAACGCCCAGGGCCACGGGCAGAUCCUGGGCUCCGCCAGGGAGCAAAACCCCUCUGUGACUGGCUCGCAGGUCAACAGUGGAAGUAAUUCAGGGCAAAUGGAAGAAAUCAAUACCAAAGAAGUCGCUCAGAGGAUCACCACCGAGCUCAAGCGGUACAGCAUCCCCCAGGCUAUCUUCGCCCAGAGGGUGCUGUGCCGCUCCCAAGGGACCCUCUCGGACCUGCUGAGGAACCCCAAGCCCUGGAGCAAGCUCGCAUCGAUACCGGGAACAACCUCCGCGCCGGAGCUGCCGGCAUCCCGCUCGUGCGGGAGCUCCGCGCGGCGCCGCUCGCUGCGGCCCGGCGCUGUCCCCGCCGCCAGCCACCGCGGGGAUAAGCGGAUCCAGCUAAUCCCCUCGCAUGGAGCCGUGGACAUCGGCACGAGUCCGAGUCGCGCUUUCAGCACUGCGGACAGUUACCGGCGCCCGGCCGCGUUACCAGCCCUUGCCCGGGGUUACGGUGCAAGCGCCGCUGCGGGCGCCCUGUCGGAGGAGCCCUCACCUCUCGAGGCGCGGGACAUUAGCCAGGCUCAGGUGGGUUUUGCUCUGCAGCGACGACACUUGUCGUCUUUAAUGAAGGAGCGACGUGGCAUCGUUUAUGCGCAACGGCAGCAGGCGGCGAGGCGGCCCCGGUGCUGCGGGGAGCGCCGGCUCCGCAGCGGGUGCCGGGGCCGCCGGGCGAGGGGAGCGCUCGGAGGGGCAGGCGGGAAGGCCCGGGCUGCGCCAGGGAGAGCCCGGAGCUGGCAGCGCUGGGCACAGGGGGAGCAGGGGCUGCCCCGGUCCUCUCCUGCAAAGCGGCAACAGGUCACCCCAAUAGGACAAGGAAAGACGAUUUCCCUCCGCGGCCUUACCGUGAGCGAGUCUGCACGGGGCCCCGUGGGCUGGGAGGGUCCAGCGUGCAAGAGGAAAGAACAAGAGCAUGGGAAGGAUAGAGGGAACACCCCCAAAAAGCCUCGGUUGGUCUUCACGGAUGUCCAGCGUCGAACUCUACAUGCAAUAUUCAAGGAAAACAAGCGUCCAUCCAAAGAAUUACAAAUCACCAUUUCCCAGCAGCUAGGGUUGGAGCUGAGCACCGUCAGCAACUUUUUCAUGAAUGCACGGAGGAGGAGUCUGGAUAAGUGGCAAGACGAGGGCAGCUCCAAUUCAGGCAACUCAUCUUCUUCAUCAAGCACUUGUACCAAAGCAUGAAGGAAUAACCACAAACUAAACCUCGGUGGAAAAGCUUUAAAAUAAAUAAAUAAAGACAGACCAGGACCUCAAGAUAGCAGGUUUAUACUUUGAACUAUUUGAAAAAAAAAUGUUAUUUAUAAGUCCAAAGAAACCAAAGACUUAUUUCACCUGCAUUACGACUUUGUUCUAAGACACACACUUUAGUAGGACGACGACUUGCAAAAAAACGAGAAGAAAGAUGGAAAGGAAAUGAAUGAAAUGGAACACAGAAAGAAAAGGAAUAAACCACUGGUCUUACACCUUCGCCCAUGAUCAUUUUCACCGUCCUUGGCUGUUUAGUGGUUUGGAGCAUAGUGAUUUCUUGUCAUUGAAUGGACAUCUUUUCAGACAUGGCUCUUCAUUUUCACAGCAAUUGCCAUGAAGGUGUAGAGUGUAUCGGUACUAUGUACACGCCGGUGGCUAGGGACUUAGUCAGGGCUGGUCUUCAGAUAGGGUUGUGCCGUAGCACGACUGUCAAAGCGUGGAGUCGUCUGAAUCCAUUUGAACGGUAGUGUGAUUUUUGCUGUUUUGAUGUUUGAACUUAACUGGUGCAACGCCUGGAAACAAGUUCAAACUAGGCAAAGAAAUUUGAAUGGUACCUAAACCAGUGCAUUCUCUUUGUUUGUUAAGGAAUGUUCAGAUUUAAAAAAAGGAAAACUAUUCCAUCCAUAAAAAACGACUAGCUACCAAAGAACACAUUUAAUAAUUAUAUUGCAGGUAUUUUAUUGCAAUGAUUUUAAUAUUCCAAAGCUAUUUUUACACAAAAUACUAUGUAGAGUUAUAGGUGUAAACUAAUCUAACUGUAUAACACAUAAAACUACUUAUCAAGACUGUUAUUUGCAAUUAGUAAAACCACGUUACUGUUUGUUUUCAUGAUUGGCAAGAAAGAAUGUCAUCCAGGAGUUUGAACCCCGUGUCAGAGCACAGACACUGCUCAUGAGAUGCUGCUUCUGCUGAAGUCAGGAGCUUUUUUGCUGU